GCCCGAUGUUGUCCCACAAGGUUCUAGUGGCCAUCCUCUUGUUGAACGUCUACGUGGGCGUGCAGUCCGUCUACUAUUUCUUCGGCGGCGUGCUCCUGGCGGUCGUCUGCGCCAUGGCGUUUUUAAAUGGACCGCGGCUGCUGGACUGGGCCAGUUCACCUCCCUAUCUUCAGUUCAACAAGUAUGUUCUGACCGGGUACCGGCCCGUUUCCUCCGUGCAGGACUGCAUCAGAAGCCUCUUCUACUUGCACAACGAGCUGGGGAACAUCUACACUCAUGGCAUCCCUUUGCUUUGCUUCCUGGUGCUGCUGCCACUCAACAUCCCCUGGUCCCAGAUCAGCGUGACGUGGCUGGGUGUGGUGCACUUCCUGGCUUGCCUGUCGCCCCAGCUGGGCUCGGUGCUCUACCACCUCUUCAUGAACCACGAGGGAGGCGAGCCGGUCUACCACACCCUCCUCAAACUGGACGUGUGCGGGAUUUGCAUGAUCAACACGCUGGGGGCGCUGCCGAUCCUCUACAGCACGCUGCUGUGCUACCCGCUGAUCCGCAUGGUGGCGCUGGCGGUCUACAUCCUGCUCUCCAGCCACGCCAUCUACUGCGCCGUCACGGCCCGCAGCAGCGUGCGGCGCCUGCGCUCCUUCGCCUGGCAGGCGCUCUUCCGCUUCUCCUUCUUCCUGAUGCGCUGGGCGGGCGUGGGCGGCGGCAGCCCCAACUCGCUGCGCCACUUCCUCACCAUGGACGCGCUGGCCGUGCUGGGCGGCGUCAUCAACAUCGCCCGCAUCCCCGAGCGCUUUCGCCCGGGCCUCUUUGACUACUGGUGCAACAGCCACCAGAUCAUGCACGUGCUGGUGGUGGGUUCCAUCCUCUACCUGCACUGGGGGGUGCUGGACGACCUGCUGUGGAUCAACAGCUACAACUGUCCCUCGGACUGACCCCGCAGCAGAGAGGGGUGAGCUAGCAUGCAAAUCACGCCUCUCUCUGUGGAUGUUCUCACACGUAGAAGACACUGUAAACUUUUACUGCGGAAGUUAGUGUUAGUAGAUGGGGGGGGUUCAGUGUUGUGACCUAUGCAGCGUGUCCAAAUCAUGCAUCAGCACACUCCCCCUAAAGCCGCUUCACUUUAUAGAACACGGCCACGCUUUGGAUUUGUAGUCUGAAGUCCGCAGAUGCACAUGAUUUCAAACAUUUUCAUAUUUUCUGUCCAUCACAGUACGCCAAAUUUUCACAAAGGGUCUAAAUGGCUGGUCGAUGCAAUUUGCUAACUUCCCCACUCGGCGGAGAAACUACAGUUGAACCUCGAAGCUCAAUCGCGUGGCUUCUGACCUCCCCUGACCAAUCACAAGAGGAGGCUGGGGAAUAUGAACGCUUUAGCCAAGAGGAGAAGAAGGCAGAUUCACCCUGGCCUGUAUACCACCGGGGGCUGGGCGAUAUGACUGAAAACUGUAUCACGAUAAGUGUUUUAUAUCGGUCGAUAUCGAUAAUUAUUUAUGUUUUAGCGAAAAUUAGGACCGGGAUAAAAAUAGAUAAAAUUCAACAUCUUUAUUUCAAAUGUAACUUUCCUCUGGUUAUAAUCCCCUCAGCUAUCAAGGCAGAAAGAUAAGGAAAAACACAAAAUGUACACACAUUUGUAAAAUCACGUUGAACACUUAACAAUAACGUCGUAAAAUUAAGGUGCAAAAAUAAGCAAUAUGUAAGAAAGUGCAACAAAAUAUUGCAACGUGUGAAAAUGUAAACAUAGAGAAAUAGUUGCGGGGUGGCUCGGUUAGUAUAGCGGCCGUGCCAGCAUAUUGAGUGUUCCAGGUUCAAUCCUAGUCACAGCUGUUGUGUUCUUGGGCAAGACACUUCACUCCGCUGCUCCCAGUGCCGCCCACACUGGUUUAAAUGUGACUUGGAUAAAGGGUUUCACUAUGUAAAGCGCCUUGAGUCACUAGAGAAACGCGCUACAUAAAUACAUUUCACUUCAGAAACCCGAGAAGAACUAUUUUCUGCAGGUUUAGUGCCAGGAAGUUACAGCUGUGCUCUAACCGGUCUUGUUUGAGACGAGCACCUUGCAUCAUUCACAGACCACAUUGGUCUGACUACGGUCCCUUUGGGAAAAAAAACACAAUUUCUUAAUUUUUACUUUCACUUUUCACUCCAUGCAAAGAAUUAAGAGCGAGACAACAAGAUGGCGCAACCAAACGUGAUAGUUGACACUGUUACCUGAUUGAUUCCUCCGUUGCUCGGUUACCAGAGAGCGAGUGCCUUUGUCCAUGCAACCAACCUUGCUUUGCAACUUCCGCCUUUUCACGACAAAGAAAAAAAAAUGUAUAGAACGUUUUAUCAAACUCCUUUUUUUUAUUCAUAUCGAUUACAUCUAUCACGGAAUAUAUUGAUAUCGUUUUAUCGCCCGGCCUUAAUGUAGUCCAAUUAACUUACUAUAGGGCCUCACUAGGAUCCAGUAUCUUUUUAAAAACCCCUGGAAUGAGAAAAAUAGGAUAUUUUAGCAUGCAAUGCUACCAUACAAGUGUAAAAAGAAGUGAUGCAGUUUUCAAAGAUUCUUACUGCUGUGAAUGUGAGUCCACUUAAACCUGGAUUAUAGUCUGCAACGCUGUCUGGAUCAUGCCAUAGAUCUAAACUAUUUAUCUUGUAAGCUUCCUUUGUCAUGAGAGAACCGCUAAUCGACGCGUUAGAACAGUCGAUUUUAUUGCAAAUCUUGAUUCCAAAAGGCAUACGAAGUUGGGCGUGCACCGUCUGAACCGGCAAUAGUGUGAAAAAUCAGAACGAUCAGUCCUUUUACCACGUCGUUGUGAUAUCACGUUUGCUUUUGUGUGCUGGUCACGUCACGCAGAAGAGAGUGUUUGCCCCACUGAGAUUUGUUGUGGCUUAAAGCUGCUACCUGGUGGAAUCCAGGUUACGGGUGUUCCGCUUUAGAGGUUCCACUGUAUGCUGCGGUGAUGCAUUGUGGUGAUCUACCACCAUGCAUAUCCAAUGGAUUUGUAUGCAUCCUAUUUUAUUCAUGUUCUCGGGUCAUUGAAUGGAUUGCAACUGGACUGUUCAGUUUGUCUUGGAAGGCGUUCCACUUCUCAUCACCUCAUGCUCACAGAGUUGGACAGGACAGAUCUAGUCCUAGCGGUCGGUGCCGGAUCCAAAAGUAUUUACCGUAAUUUCUGGACUAUUGAGCGCACCAGUAUAAAAAGCCGCACCCACUGAAUUUUAGAAGAUUCUUUUUUUCCAGACUAUAUGCCGAAGAUAUAUAUGUUUGUUUACAUUGUUUGUUUUAAAACGGUGCCUGUAACACGGCAGUAAAACGGCUGAUCAAACAAAACAGAAGUCAUCGUCAUGGACCCACUAGCUGCGGAAGCUAGCUCUCUAAUCAGCUGAACAGAUUCAAUUAGUCCACAGUUUUGGUGAAUUUAGGAAACUGAAACAAUACAAAAAGAAUGCCAUUGUAAGUUAAUAAAACUAACAAAUACACUCGUAAAUGUGUUAGCAUAUUAGCUCAUGCUAACGACGCUAGCUUUAUUACGUUACGAUAGCAUGUACAAAUAUGCAUGAAAACAGUCCAAAAGACAUCACACAUGGGACGGUCUAGUAAGUAAGAUUUGUUUUAGUUAUAUUGUAAAACUUACAAACGUUGCACAGACUGAUGAAUGAAGAGUAGGAACGCUACAGACGGCUAGAAGACGGAACGGCUCUUGUACUUCCGGUUGAAAGCUCAGUCUAAACAGAUGGGCAAUGCUAAUACUUAUAUAGCCCUCAAAGGGCUGCACAAACCACAACGACAUCAGGGCAAGAAAAAACUAAACCCAAUGGGAACAACGAGAACCCUUGGAAGGGACCGCAGAUGUGGGGUGACUGGUGCAAUGGAUGUUGAGUGCAUAUGGUUAAUAAUGUGAGGGUUCAGUCCAUACGGAGGACAGCAGGGGGAAAAUGGUGCCACAGCAAAAAUAAUAACUAUUCAGUGUCUAUACUUGUUUUUUGUUUUUUUUAACUAUUCGCAUUAUGGCAGUAAGCGAAGAAAAAUCCAUAAAUUAGCCGUACCGUUUUUUUAAGCUGUAGGGUUCAAAACGUAGGAAAAAAGUAGCGACAAGGACAAGACUGGUUUCGGUCGGAAUGCCCCCCCCCCCAACAAACCCUCCUCCUGUGGAGGUUAAUUCCUUUUAGAUCCGGCACUAAGGGCUCAGACUUAAUCUGUCCUAUCAAACUAAAUCUGUGAGCAUGAAUUGAUGAAGCCUGCUUGGAGGAGAAGCAGAAUAUAUUCCAAGACAACCUGAACACUUCAGUUGCAAUCCAUUCAAUAACAACUUUGUUUUUGCUACCUUUACUGAACUUUCGGAAAUCUCCAGUGAGUUUGCCCACCUAUGUGUGUAUCAUUCCUUCUUUAGCUUUUUCAAGACCAAAAGAAUGGUUAACAACCGUUUUUUUAAUUUAUUAUUUAAAAAAAAAAGUUGUAAAACAAAAAAAUGAAGAACGUUUAGUUAUUUUAUAUAUAUUAUUCAAAUAUAAGGACGAAAAAUAAGCGCCUAAACAUAUUUCUUGCUUUUUAAUACGUGGUUUUACGUGGGCUUGAACUUGCAGGUAAACAAAGGUAGAAGAAGACAAAGGACUGUACUAAGAUUUAAGUCUUUGUUUUUCCAUCUUAACCAGGCCAAACUUUGAAGAUACAAGAAUAACUGGGUAUCGAAUCUGGUACUUUUUUUGGCAGUGGCCGAAUCCCGCUGAUUCACGUAAAAUCCAUGUUUCGGCACCUGGGUUGCGGAUGACGUCACGUCCGGUUGCAGACUUAAGAAGCAAUCAGUUGUAAUUUUCUAUGCCAACAAAGCAAGCAUGCCUAAAAGAAAGCACUUAAAAAUAAGGCUUCAAAUUUCAAAAUGUGUUAGCUGAAUGCUAAUUGACAUUGGAUAUGCCAUAUACAUGCUACUGAUUAACAUUAGCGGUUUUACAUGGCGAUUUCAAUAUCUCCAAAUUUGGUAGUGAAAGCUACAAAUAAGAUGCACAUUACAAUCAAACGGUUGGUGUAUAAUAAGUACAAUACUUACAGUAUAAACACUUUAUAAAGGACCCAACAAUAUACAAGAAUGGCACUUUCAACUUGAUGGCAAAGACUACAUCCUAACUACAGUAACACACUAUAUACACUACUGCCCAGGGAUGGGUACCGAUUCUGGUACUUUUUUGGCACCGACUUAAUCCUGCCGGUCCUACAAGGCACCGAUUCAUGUAAAAUCCAACGGUGCCAUGUUUUGGUACUUGGGUCGCGCGUGACCUCACGCCCGGUUGCUGACUCAGCUGUUGUUGUUUUUUUGCACUUUGCAAUCACUGCAGCAGCACUGAGAGCGGACUCAGCUAAACUACCUCUGGUUAAUGGUGCAAUUUUCAAUGCCAAGCAAGGCUCCACGUUUCCAAGAAUGCGCUAGCUUGAUGCUAAUAUACAUUGGCUUGGCUGAUGGCAUGCUACUACUUAGCAUUAGUGAUUUUACAUUACAAUGUAAACACUUCCAAAUUUGUUAAUGAAAACUACAACUAAGAUGCACGUUGCAAUUACGUGCGUAACAAGUACAACACUGAAAGCAUUAACACUUUUUGGGGCGCCAUCUUGCAUCUUGGAUUUGCAACUGUUAUGCAACUUAAUAUAAUACUUGCAAAUGAGACUCAGAAAUGUGUUAAUAAAACACGAUAUGACAACUGGACAGCAGUUCCAUUUUUAGAUGUUGCAAGAAACAUUUAGAUUUUAUCAUCAAAAACAAAAAGGUACAGAAAAUGUACAUUGUUUAAUCCAUUCCCAGGUACCGGGAAUUGGUACGGAAUUAGUUGAUGUAUAAACGUUUGUUUACAUGCAAGUCCACGUAAGACUACUUCCGGGUAAACUUGGCGCAUCACUUCGUUUUGGAAAAAGUAUGUUAAUACGCUUGUUAUCCAUCUUUUUCAUAUAUAUAUUUUUAAAUAAUAUAUGUAUCAUUAGAAAAACAACUUUAUUUUUGGUUUAAAAAAGCAGGUCGUUAUCCAUUUGUUGUGUUGUUUUAAAUGAAAAACCAAAUGAAGGAAUGCUACAUGGCACACUGCAUGACCAUAGAUCCACAAGGUAGUAUUUAGAGGACUGCUCACCUUUUCAGGUUUUGUCCUCCUCUAAAUUGUCAACUAAAGAUUUAAAAAAAAAAAGAAGUAUAUUCUCUGUUCAAACAGCCAUCAUGACGCUGUUCUUGCCAAAUUAGCAUGUAAACGCUAACACUUUGAUUUGUUGACAUCCCAGAUGCAUGCGAGUAGCAGUUAGCUUGUCGUUAGCCGUCACUCAUUCUCUGCUCUUAAAGGGCUCAGAGUGGACCGUCCCGUCCAUACACGUAGUGUAAAUAUAUAAUCACGUAUGUAGACCCUAUAUACAUACAACCAAAUGUACCCCAGUGGUCUUUUUGAUAGCAGGCUGCGGGUGCCAUGUCGGACCUUUUAGUGACCCUUAAAGACUUUUAUUUACCUAAGUAUUGUGGGCGGGCGGGGCUAGCACAGGUCAAUCUAUGCAUCGUAAGUCAAAGUGGGCGCGACCUCGAAGAGUUUGUCCCGUCCCGCCUCUCAGGGUGCCGCAACAGUAGCUGAAACGUCCCAGUCGGACUUCCUGUGUGUUCACGCCAUGACUCGGAGGGAACACGACUGUGGGUCGGGGUUAGUUUUUAUCUCAUCACUCACUUAAAGCCUGAGUGAAGAAUGCACUACCGACCGGAAAAUAAAUAGAUGAUACAUUAUUAUGAUGCUACCUGUUGGUUGUUUGAGCACACUGCAGCUAGUCUUGGAUAGUUUCACUCCUUACUGCACAGGUGUCAAACUCAAGGCCAAAUCUGGGCCGCAACAUCAUUUUAUAGGGUCUCGCUACAUCAUUUUAAGGUGGCCCGCCACAUAAUUUUAUGAGUUCCGUCAUAUAAUUCCAACAUAACACGCCACAUCAUUCUAACGUGUCCGUUAGAAUGAUGUAGUAGCAGAGCGUUGUGGCGACAUUUUAUGGGUUCCGCCACAUAAUUUUAAUGUGGCCCGCCACAUCAUUUUACGAGUUCCGUCAUAUAAUUUCAACAUAACACGCCACAUCAUUCUAACGUGUCCGUUAGAAUGAUGUCGUAGCAGAGCGUUGUGGCGACAUUUUAUGGGUUCCGCCACAUAAUUUUAAUGUGGCCCGCCACAUAAUUUUAUGAGUUCCGUCAUAUAAUUUCAACAUAACACGCCACAUCAUUCUAACGUGUCCGUUAGAAUGAUGUAGUAGCAGAGCGUUGUGGCGACAUUUUAUGGGUUCCGCCACAUAAUUUUAAUGUGGCCCGCCACAUCAUUUUAUGAGUUCCGUCAUAUAAUUUCAACAUAACACGCCACAUCAUUCUAACGUGUCCGUUAGAAUGAUGUCGUAGCAGAGCGUUGUGGCGACAUUUUAUGGGUUCCGCCACAUAAUUUUAAUGUGGCCCGCCACAUCAUUUUAUGAGUUCCGUCAUAUAACUUCAACAUAACACGCCACAUCCUUCUAACGUGUCCGGCGACGACAUUUUAUGGGUUGCGCCACGUCAUUUUAAUGUGGCCCGCCACUUCAUUUUAAGGGUGCACAUUCUAUAAUUUUUACAUGGAACGCUACAUAAUUCUAACAAGUACCGCCACAUAAUUUUAUGGGGCCCGCCCAGAAAUUUUAACAUGACACGCCACAUCAUUUUAAUGUGACACGCCACAUCAUUUUAUGAGUUCCGUCAUAUAAUUUCAACAUAACACGCCACAUCCUUCUAACGUGUCCGGCGACGACAUUUUAUGGGUUCCGCCAUAUAAUUUUUUUUUUUUUUUUUCAAAUAUUUUUAUUGAAUUUUGCAGACAGUACAGUAUGAUGGAUCAUGGCAACAGCAAGUUGAGGCAUCUGCACAUUUUACAAUAUGUAGUAAACCCUACCCCUUACAGUACCCACCCACUUUAAUUCCCAUGGUAAUUGUCACCUAGUGCCCCGCCAUAUAAUUUUAAUGUGGCCCGCCACUUCAUUUUAGUGGUGCCUAUCCUAUAAUUUUUUACAUGGCACGCUACAUAAUUCUAACGUGUCCUGCCCAUCAUUUUAUGGGGCCCGCCCCAAAAUUUAAAAUGACACGCCACAUCAUUCUAACACACAUCAUUUUAUGAGUUCCGUCAUGUCGUUUAAACAUGACGCGCCACAUCAUUCUAACGUGUCCGGCGACGACAUUUUAUGGGUUCCGCCAUAUAAUUUUAAUGUGGCCCGCCCGCCACCUCAUUUUAUUGUGGACCGCCACUUCAUUUUAGUGGUGCCUAUCCUAUAAUUUUUACAUGGCACGCUACAUAAUUCUAACGUGUCCCGCCACAUCAUUUUCUGGGGCCCGCCCCAAAAUUUUAACAUGACACGUCACAUAAUUUUAAUGUGGCCCGCCACAUCAUUUUAUGAGUUCCAUCAUAUAAUUUCAACAUAACACGCCACAUCGUUCUAACGAGUCCGGCGAGGACAUUUUAUGGGUUCCGCCAUAUAAUUUUAAUGUGGCCCGCCACAUCAUUUUAGUGUUGCCCAUCCUAUAAUUUUUUACAUGGCACGCUACAUAAUUCUAAUGUGUCCCGCCACAUCAUUUUAUGGGGCCUGCCCCAAAAUUUAAAAUGACACGCCACAUCAUUCUAACACACAUCAUUUUAUGAGUUCCGUCAUGUCGUUUGAACAUGACACGCCACAUCAUUCUAACGUGUCCGGUGACAUUUCUUUAUGGCUUCCGCCAUAUAAUUUUAAUGUGGCCCGCAACUUCAUUAUAAUCGUGCCCAUCCUAUAAUUUUUACAUGGCAUGCUACAUAAUUCUAACGUGUCCCGCCAAAUCAUUUUAUUGUGGACCACCAUUUCAUUUUAAUGUGUCCCAUCACAUCAUUUUCAAGUGACACGCCAUAUCGUUUUAAAUGAGGCCCGCCAUAUUAUUUUAUUUUGGACCGCCCCAUCAUUCUAAUGUGUCUCGCUACAGCAUUUUAUGGGGUCCGCCAUCAAUUUUUUGUAGACUACCACAUCAUUUUGAUGUGGCACACCACAUCAUUCUUACGUAUCCUGACAUAAUUUAUUGGGUUCCGCCAUAUAAUUUUAUUUUGGCCCGCCACAUAUUAUUUUAUUGUGGACCACCACUUCAUUUUGAAGUGUCCCGCCACGUCAUUCUUACGUGUCCCGCCACGUCAUUUAUGUGGCCGACCACCCCAUCAUAAAAAAGCACUUUCUGGCUGAAUAUAUUUGCUCUUUAAAUUUUGUCAUAAAAAUGUUGCACAUGCAAUUCCAUAAGUUCUACACUUUAAUAUUAUCAGAAUCAGAAUCAGAAUCAGAAUCAGCUUUAUUGUCAUUACGCAAGGUAACGAGAUUGAGGCCAUUCCAUACAGUGCGAUGUGUGCAUGCUAGAAAAACAAUGUGCAAAUAUAUAAAAAAAAAUUUUGGUCAUCAAAUAUAAACACUUACAGUUCUGGGCCUCUGAGGGCCUUCUAUAAAAAUGAGUUUGACACCCCUAUUUUAAUGCUUCAGUUACACAGGAUUCUCACAAGAAUGAGGUAACAACUGACCCAGACCCACUGUACAUGGCUGAUUAGAAUCUGCUUUGCAUCGUGCCAAAAAGCCUACAAAUGUAUUAUAUUUCAAAUCUGAUGUCAUCACCCCUGACUGUCUGAUGUGUUUUGUCUCUCCUGGUGAUGACGCCAGCGUACAGCAGACAGGAAGUUCUUACAGGAGUGGAACGUGUCCACACGAUUGGCCUCUUUUGUCUCCCCGUAAAGACAAACAUGUAUGUAAGUACUGUAUGUGUGGCGGCGUCACUGGCGGGACAAAGUGUUUUUUUUAAACAAAUGUAAUCUAUCGGGAAAUACAACACAGGUGCGGGCUAGCCUGUUAGUUUGUAACGGGUCAGAAUAAUAGUUCUGUAGUCGACCCACUAAGGACCUGCGCCAUGUCUCCAUGGUGAGGAUGAUGACGAUCCUCUUUCGAAAAGAGUGUUGAGGUGAAUGUGGCGCCCUCUGCGAUUGCAAGCGGACAGACGAGUGGUCAAGUCUGCCGCCACGAUUGUGCAAUAAAACUCAAGUUUAUAUUUGUAAA